CUUCUGAAGGUUUGGGGCAGCGAUGAGAGUGAGCUCUCACUGGUAAACCCUUUCCUUAAAUGCUAAAGAAAAACACAAAAGAAUCUUCUACAGCUCGUUCCUCUCGUCCAAACCGACGCUCAUAACCAAAGGGAAUGAAAAUGGACUCUAUCAGAGAAGCGGAGAGUGCCACUGAACUUGAAGCCUUGUGCAAGCAGGAUUCUUCUUGGUAUCCCUGCCAGGUCUCCCUCAGUUUUGGGCAUGCAUUACAAAUGUAUUGAGGUGGCUCCUGAUUAUGGUCCACAGCUCUACUGAAGAUAGCCUAAUUGUCGACUUUGGGAGGCAGGAGUUAGAAGAUAUGGUGUUGAACAAGGAUGAAGCACUUACGCGUCUUCGUUUUCGUUCUGCUCCUCUUCAGGGCGACGACUGCUCUCGCAUUGAAGGAGAGCAUGUUCUUUCCAUCCAUAAAUCACCAUUUAAGAGCCACUUAUAUGAUGCCAAGGUGGAAAAGGUGACCAGAGUGAGACACUCUACAAGGGUCUAUUGCAGAUGCAGUUUUAUGAUUACGUGGCUUCACCCAGACUUCAAAGGACAGAUGGUCACUGUCCCCUCUAGUUCAAUCAUGAAACUAGCAAGCAAAAGCAUCAGUUCUCAUCCAACUGUUGCUGCAUUAUUGAAAUCAGUUAAGCAAAUGGGUUUAUAUACUGCACCUCCCCUUCCAAUCAUGCAUGAAGACAAUGAUUUUGAAUUUGACCUCAAUAAAUUAUUGGGAAAGCAAAUAGAAGAGAUCAACAUUUCAGCUAAUGGAGUCACAAAUGAAACUACAAUAGACAUAUUAGAGGGGGUUAAAGCUGUUGACAAUGGACAUGUUACUGUGUCCAAAGUAGGCACUUCAAAAGCUCAGGUUUCUCAUGACCAGGAUCAAUUGAAAUCUGUUACUAACAGACCUGGUAACCUGGAAGUAAACAUAGAAGAUGAGGACCCAAAAGCCCCUCUCUCAUCCAAACAAGAAGAGCAUUCAGAACACAGGUCUCAUAUUAGUCCUCUUGCUGCCCGUGCAGCUCUGGCCUCCCUAGUGUCACUUACUCACAAGCAUAUUGCUAUAAGUGGGACUGAACUUUUCAAGUCCAGUGACAGUAAUAAUAUGUCUAUUAUGGUAUCUUCUACUACAAUCAAAUCUCCAAAAAAUGAAAAUGUGAACUCAGGUGUUAGAACAACUCGCUCAACAGUUCAGAAAGGUUUUGGAAUUCAGAACAGUGAUUUGCAUGAUUCUACUGAAGCCAUCGAGUUAAGGGUCUUAACCAACACAGGAAGGUUGACACGUUUAGCAGUCAAAGAAGAAAAAGAUAUAUCAUCUAUGGAAAUUAAACAAGGGUCGGAAGAAAGUGAGUCUGCUCAGAUUACAGGAUCAUAUUCUUCUGAAGGAACUGACAUUGUACAUGAAAGCAAAGUACUGAGAAAGAAGAAUGAUAUAUCAGACAAAGCAGUCUCUUCACCACUUCAUUCAGAGAGUAACGGCCCUAAGGAAAAUCUGACGGCUGGUGAUCUUGAGGCGAUUCAAGAUGCAUAUGUUCAGAUGAAGACUUGUGCUAAAGACACCAAGUCAAGUGUUUCAACCAACAUGAGGAGGUUGACUCGUUCCAUGGUCUCUUGUAAAGACAAUUUGAUAGUUCCUGAAAGCCAUGCAGUGGAAAAGGAAAAUCGUGAAUCAAAAAAGAAGAAAGCUGUCUCUGCGACAUCUCAUAAUGACAGUACACAAGGUGAAGAAAGUAAUAGAAAGCACAAGUCCGGUGGUGUCAGAAACAGUCGACAAACUGAAGGAAAAAUGUCAGGCAGUGGUGACAAUAGUCAAGGCCAGAAGAGGAAGUCUACUUCUUUGAGUAGGCAAGAGCAACGGUUUUCUCCACGAUUAAGGUUUCUCCCUCACACUCGUUCACAAAACAAGUCUUAAGUUAGUCUUUCUUUAUCAGCAUUACUCACAAUGAAGCAAGGCAGCUUUUUGGGAACUGGUAAGAGGUUAACUCUAUUGCUUGCUUUGCCUAUGUUUGAGAAAGAGAUUAGGAAGCUAAUAGAAGGUAUGCUUCUUUGUAAUAUCUAUUUUAAGUGGAUGCAUGUGUGAACUUAUCAAUAUCUUAGUAUGAUUCACAGAUGGAGAAAACAACUUGGUAGAAUGACAUUUCACAGAGUUGGGAUCAUCUCACCUUCAUUUUUCUCUCCCAGUAUCUGUCUAGGCAUUUUAGUUGUUUUUAUAAUCAUUAAGAAGAUUAUACAUCUGUCUAGUUAACUCGUGAAGAGUUUAUAGAUUUAUUUUGAUCUUUUCUUGAAAGAGUCAUUUAUAAUGCCAAUUUUUUGGCCUAGGCAUUUGCCUCAAACCAACCAUGCUAUGCAACAGUUGAGAAAGCGUGAAAUGUUGAGUAAAUGCAAGAUAGGUACAAGUGGGAAUUUGUGAAAAUUGUGAGCCAAUACAAGAUAUCUGUGUUUAACACGUGAUUGCAAUUUGGUGUGCAAAUCUUUUGUGGGUAAGAUUAAACGCCACUUCUGAGCCCAUGCAUAAGAAGGAUAUGCACUGGAUAAUGGGCAUUGUAUGUUUUAUCCUUGUUUUGAUUGUCCUGAGCCUACUAGCUAUUGGAUACUGAUGUUCAAGGGACUGAUGUACAAGUGACUGUCCCUUGACUCCUUUGUGCAAGUGUUAAUGGAGCAAGAGCCUUAUCGCAUAAUAUAGAUUCUUUGGACAACUAUAUAUGGGUUCUCCAACAUGGAAGAAUUGGUUUACUAUAUAUGGGUUCUCGGACCUGGAAGAAUUUGUUUAACAGGGAAAUAAACACAUUAUCUCUGAGGUGCUUAGUCAUUAGCUUGUGCUUAAGGAACUUCACAUUUGUUUCACUAGGUCUGUAGGUCAUGUUGAGGUGUAGAACAAGUGAUCGUUGGAAAAUUAGCUGCUUAGGCUGAUGAAAGAUUGGCUGAUAGUGAAGAGGCACCUAGCUGCUUCGAAAACUGCUUUUGUGACCUUUACUUCAACGCCCAGAUUAGAAAAAUGAAAGAGUGGAAAAGGCAAAUAACUUAACUUGAUUGUCUUUUUUAUUUUUAUUUUAUUUUAUUGUUUUUAUAUAUAACAUAUAUCUAAUUUCAAACCUGCAGUUAGGUUUUUACAUUCAAGUUCUUUUCUUCACAAUAAUCAUGGUACCAGAGCAUUUGUGACACCAUUUUCUGUUUAUUUGCAUUCUAACCGUAAAUGCAUCAAGUCAUAUCAUCAUUAGACCUUGCUUUACACUAUGCCAGAUGAGUUCAACAACUGUAGGACAAGUCAUAUCAGUUGUACCAUAACAACUACUAUUACUAAUUUUGGUCCGUAUCCUAAAUUAGGCUCAAAUGGGACAUAUAUCCUAAAUUAGGCUCAAAAUGGGACAUAUAUCCUAAAUUAGGCUUCUUUGCACCAACUGAAACAUGAGUUUCUUAUUUCUAUUGAGCCAGCAGGAUAUCACCCGUGCUCAUAUAAGCUUGCAUUUUCAUGUCUUUAGGAGCUCACUUCGAGGAGCAAGCAAGCCUUUGUCAAAUGUUAUAGACACUUGAUAAUUAUGUCUUACUAUACAUAUAAACAUGCAAAAUGCUACUACUUAGCAAAGAUCCUAGGUAAGAUUAUAGGGUAGGUCAAGGGUAAGGUUCUCUUGCUAUACUGCUGAUUAGGUGGAGUUAGGCGUGAAUAUCUGCUCGUGAUUGAUAGUUUGAUAACAUAGUAUGUGGAAUAUCUGGCAAGAUAUCAGUACAUAUUCAAAGUAGUUUUCUCUUGCUAAAUAUAUGUAAUGCUGUCAAAAUCCUGUAUGUAUUUAUGUAUGUAUGUAUACGUAUGUAUUAGUUUUGUUUGUCACUGUCAGUACUCAAUAGUCGUUGACAUAGUUACCUUAUAACAUGUUUCCAAGUCCUUUUCAUACAGGAUGAUGGUGGAACCUCUGUAAGACAUUUUAUUAAUGAGAUUGAUUGGAUUUAUCGCAGCAAAUCACAUUACUAGUUGCUUCACCAUCGUAUUUCAUUAUCAAGUGUACAAUUCCUAAGACGAAGUGAUGGAUGUGAAGAUUUAAGUACGUACUUAGAAGAUUGGAACCAUAUGAUUCCAUUUAUAAUUCACCACUUUGACAACUGGUUGCUUUCUUUCGAAUAGUUAUUUUACAGCCGGCACAACAUACUUACGCCUGAUCGUAGAUAUGCCAUUGUCGUUCUGGUAUAACACGCCAGGGCUCAUAGGUUGAUUUGAUUUUAACAGUACAUGUUACUUUUGCUAUCAGACUGGGUUUACUUGCUAUGUUGGCCCGCUCGUACGCCAUUUGCUAGCAUAAUGUUCAUCAUUUGGGUUGAUUAUGCUAAUCACAGUCAUUCAUAUCAUCAACAUAGAUCAACCGUUUCCGUUUGGUUGCUGAUUAGCCGUUCAUGUAAGCUUAGAGGACUGUAAACAGCAAGCUUUGUUGUGUAGUAUUUGAUUUUUUGAAA